UUGUCGCUCUAACGUAGUAUUGUAUGCAAUACAUGCGUCGUCUUUGUUGUUUGUCUAUCGGCUAUAAUCAGUGAUCGUUAAUGUCCUUUUUAACAUCACGCCAAUUUUGCUCAGUUUAAUUAUGUCGCUUCAUCUAUAAACAUCGCAUAAUUAUUCGACUCAUUUAUUUCCUCGUACGACACCGAAACCAAUUUCUACUUUGCAAAUUUAAACUUUGCAAUUUUCAUUGAAGAAUUUGAAUCAAAUGUUUAAAGUGCUCGAUGAUCGAUUUUAAAAAAACGUUCGCAAAUCCCUUCGAAAGUUUGUUAAAGGAUUAAGAAAAGAAAAAAAAAAAAAUAAUAAUUGAACAUUAAACGGACAACAUUUCAUUUUUUUAAAGAGUGAAUUGUGUGCCAUUGAAUAUUUAAAAAAACAAAUUGAACGACGACACUCAGACGAGAAAGAUGAGUGAACCACAGAUUACAGUAACGCAUAGUGAGCCAAAUAUAAAAGCUAGUUUGAUCGUUGUAUCGAAUCGUUUGCCAUUUGUGCUGAAGAAAAAUCCAAAAACUGGUGAACUCUCACGUAGUGCCAGUGCCGGUGGUUUAGUAACAGCUGUAGCUCCGGUCGUUAUCAAAGGUAAUGGUUUGUGGGUUGGAUGGUCUGGACUUCAUUCAAAAGAACCAUUGACCGAGAUUCCCGAAUCGGAUCCCAGUGAUCAAACACCCACCGCUGGUCUCCGCUCAGAUCAAGUGGUUUGCGUGGAUGCCGAUCCUGCUGACUUUGACUCAUACUAUAAUGGCUGUUGUAAUGGUACAUUUUGGCCACUUUUUCAUUCGAUGCCCGGUCGUGCAUCAUUCUCCGCCGACGAUUGGAGAAAUUAUGUAAAAGUCAAUAAGCUUUUUGCAAUGAAAACAAUUGAAGCACUGGAAAAGUGUCACAAACGACGAACAAAUCAAAAUAUACCGAUCGUAUGGAUUCAUGAUUAUCAAUUGAUGUUGGCUGCCAAUUGGGUUCGUGAGGCAGCUGAAGAAAGAAAUUUACCAUGUCAGUUGGCAUUCUUUUUGCACAUACCUUUUCCACCAUGGGACAUUUUCCGUUUAUUCCCAUGGGCCGAUGAAAUUCUACAGGGAAUACUGAGCUCUGAUAUGGUUGGCUUUCACAUUCGUGAUUAUUGUUUAAAUUUCGUCGACUGCUGUCAACGGCAUUUGGGUUGUCGUGUUGAUCGUAAAAAUUUAUUAGUCGAACAAAAUGGUCGUUCAGUUCGAGUUCGGCCACUUCCAAUUGGAAUUCCAUUUGAUAGAUUCGUCGAAUUGGCCAGAAAUGCUAAAAAAAUCUUCAAAACUAAACAAAAGAUCAUUCUUGGCGUUGACAGAUUAGAUUACACGAAAGGUUUAGUAAAUCGUUUAAAAGCGUUCGAAAUUUUAUUAGAAAAGCAUCCAGAGCACCGUGAACAUGUUAGUUUAUUACAAAUUUCGGUUCCGUCACGUACCGAUGUCAGCGAAUAUCAGCAAUUGAAAGAAGAAAUGGAUCAAUUGGUCGGUCGUAUCAAUGGUCGUUUUACAACAGCAAAUUGGUCACCGAUUCGUUAUAUUUUUGGUUGUGUUGGACAACAAGAGUUGGCCGCCUAUUAUCGUGAUGCUGAUGUGGCUUUGGUCACUCCGUUACGGGACGGUAUGAAUUUGGUGGCCAAAGAAUUUGUUGCAUGUCAAAUUAAUCAGCCGCCGGGCGUUUUGAUUGUAUCACCAUUUGCUGGCGCUGGUGAAAUGAUGCACGAAGCAUUGUUGUGCAAUCCAUAUGAAAUCGACGAAGCGUCGGAGGUGAUUCAUCGUGCAUUAACGAUGCCAGAGGAUGAACGAUCACUGAGAAUGAAUCGAUUGAGACGACGUGAAAAAGAAUGUGAUGUUAACUUUUGGAUGCGAUCAUUUUUGAAAGCGAUGGGUUCGAUCGAAGAGGAUGAUGUGGGUGUGACAACAAUGCAACCAGUUUCAGUUGAUGAUUUCGAUUAUUUACUCAAUUAUAUUGGUUAUAAUCAAAAAUUGGCAUUGCUUCUCGAUUAUGAUGGUACUUUGGCACCGAUUGCACCACAUCCUGAUUUGGCAAUUUUGCCACACGAAACGAAAAAUGUGAUUCAACGAUUAUCGAAUCAUUCAGAUGUAUUUGUUGCUGUAAUCUCUGGCAGAAGUGUCGAAAAUGUUAAGAAAAUGGUUGGAAUCGAAGGAAUCACAUAUGCUGGUAAUUAUGGUUUGGAAAUUCUACAUGCUGACGGCAGUAAAUUUGUUCAUCCAUUGCCAAUGCAAUAUGAAGAUAAAGUUAGUGAUUUACUCAAAGCACUCCAAGAAUCGGUUUGUAGAGAUGGUGCUUGGGUCGAGAAUAAAGGUCCACUGUUAACGUUCCACUACCGUGAUACACCAAAUGAAUUAAGACAAGAAUUGGUGGAAAAAACUAAACAAAUUAUUGAAUCGUUUGGUUUCAAUGCAACCGAGUCACAGUGUGCUAUUGAAGCAAAACCACCUGUACAAUGGAACAAAGGUCGUGCAUCGAUUUAUAUUCUGCGAACGGCAUUUGGUGUCGAUUGGUACGAUCGUAUUAAGAUUAUUUAUGCUGGUGAUGAUGCAACCGACGAGGACGCCAUGAUGGCGCUGAAAGGUAUGGCCGCAACAUUCCGUGUCACAUCAUCGCAUAUUGUAAAAACAUCAGCCGAACAUCGUUUGCCAUCGACAGAUUCGGUGCUUACAAUGUUAAAAUGGGUUGAAAGACAUGUGAUGAGACGCAAACCACGUGCCAAUUCACUAACCUAUCGCCUAAAAAAGAAUGACGGUGUUACAAUGCAAAUGACAUUCGACAUGGCACGCCUGACCACAGCGAAUAGCAACUGCAGUAGCACCCAUAAUAGCGGUUCCGAGGACGAUUUGGUUUAGAAUAUCUUGCAUUCUUUACAAAUAGAAAGACAAUCUUACUUAAUCUAUGAAAAUGGGAUUAUCUUUGAAACUGUAUUUCACUCGAACGUUAAGAGUUUUAUGCAUGAAAAUUCCAACCAAAAAAAACCAACCGAAUCAUAAAAAAUGAUGUUAAAAUUCCACUCAAACUCUAUUUUGUUAAGUGUGUAGUUAAUGUUUAGUUUUAGAAGAAAAUCGAAAUCAAAAAAAAAAAAAAUCGCGUUAGAUUGUUUAGGGAUAGGCUAUAAAUUUGAACAAAUGUUUAUAAAAUGACGAUUUGAACAAAAAGAAAAAUAGAGAAAUAUGCAUGAAACGAAACUAUACGUAAUAAACAAAUUUUGAUAUCGUUUUCUAAAA